AUUUCCACCCUGGCACUGUCUCCAGGAGCAUCCCAACGACUCAGCUGGCUUUCAGCCUUGAGGACUGACUAGCUGACACUUCCGGGGGCACAUGCUACUGACAUGGGGGCCUUUCUUUGGCUACUCUUCCUCCUGCUGCUCUGUGAGGCCAAAGGGUUCUCUGGAGAUGAUGUGAACCCCGAGGACGUCAUGGCAGUCCUGCAGGAGUCUGUCAGCCUCUCCCCAGAAAUACCAUCUGACGAAGAGGUUGAUACCAUCGUCUGGUCUUUUCACCAGUAGCUUGCUACUGUGGUGCCAGGGAAGGAGGGACGCCCAGCUACCCUCACAGUGAACAACCUACAGUACUAGGGCCGGCUGAGCCUGCUGGACACAGGCUACAGCCUGCUCAUCAGCAAUCUGAGCUGGAAAGACUCAGGCUCUUACCAGGCUCAAGUCAACCUGAGAACAUCGCAGUUGUCCAUCAAGCAGUUCUACAAUCUAUGUGUCUACCGAAGGCUGUCCAAGCCCCAAAUCACAGUGAACUUUGAAAUUUUUGGAGGAGGUGCCUGUAAUACGUCCCUGAACUGCUCUGUGGAGAAAGUGGAUGUGGAUGUGACCUACAACUGGUUCUCCUUGGAGGAUAGCACCGACGCAAACUGUGGAGGCCCCGUCCUCAGCACAUCCUGGAAGCCGGUUGACAAAGCCCUCUCCUACAUUUGCAAGGCCAGCAACCCUGUCAGUGAUGUUAUUUCCAGUCCCAUCUCUGCAGGGCAUUUCUGUGCAGAUCCUGGCUAUUCUGAGAAGCCUUCCACGUUCUUCUGCCUCCUGGCCAAAGGACUACUGCUCCUCUUGAUCCUGGUAAUUCUGGCCGUGGGGCUCUGGGCCAUCCGAGUGCAGGAGAAAGCCCAAACGCCCCAGACGAAACAGCUCAGGAGAAACAGAAUGAAACUGAGGAGAAGGGGCAAGCCUGACCCCAGCCCAAUCUGACUAUCCCUGGGGGACUCCUGCCCUGAACUCUGUUUCUUUCUGGAUCUCAGGGAAUCCUUCCUCAGCUCCUGUUCCCAGACACUUGGGGGACAGGGAAUGUCCACAGGGCCACACUCCGUGAGGGAAGACCAUCUGGAAAUAAAAUCAGAGUGCCCGUUGCUGCAAAGAAGCCAUGUCUGGACCUUCCAGAAUGGUCGAGAUAAGACAUCUAUAAGAAAAUGACAGACAAGACAGUAAUGUCACCAGCAGAGAUCAAGGGUCCUCUCUGGAAGCUGAUCCUGGGUUGACAUUCUCGUCACCACCUGGCAAAGGCCCAUACCUUUGUUGUGAUCUUGCUCUUUCCUUAGCCUAGUGACUGGUCUGAAUUCCUCCCCUAGGCCUAAUGUGUCAUUGCCCAAGUUCCUAUAAUUCUGCCAAAGUCAGGUCUUGCAGCCAUUCCUUCAUGCAGAUGCUAUGGAGUGGGAGAAGUCAGACACUGGGGAGGGAACUAGCAGUCACCAAGUGCCAGGACAGGUGUAGGAGGUAGGUGAAGGUGUUGAAGGCGUGGUGGAGAGGACUCCCAGGGGGAGUCUCAGGAUACUUGGACUUGACUCUGUCACUUACCUGUAGCUUGGGACACUGUUCAUGUAGCACACUGGGCCACAUCCCUCUCCAUGAGACAGGUACAUUGGCAAGGAGAGGCAGACAUGUAGGUGCAACUUCUGGGAGCUCUUCCAGAGACAAAACAAAACAAGUGCCUUGACUUCUGCAGAGGCAGUAUAGGCUGGGAACUCUGGGAAAUUUCAGGGGAGGAGCCCUACAAGUCGGGAGAGGGCUUUGUGGCAGGAACAAUGUUUGAGUUGUGUUUUAAUCUCUCCUCCCUUUUCUCCUCUGCCUUUGAGUGUCUGUCAAGAAAAGGACUAAGAAAUUUUCUGGGGCAGGGGGCAGGAUAUUGCAAAAUGAGGGGAACUGUGCAAUGGGGAAAUACUUUGCUUUUCAGACAACAGGGUACAUGAGACAGACACUAAAUGACAUGGGACAGGGAGACAGCUCAGAGAGCAGCAUGAAACAGAACGCAAGAGUCAGGAUUCCUCUGGGAUUUUGUGCAGGAGACAGAGCCCCUUGAGACACGAAAAGGAGGAAAUAAGGUUGGGCAACCAGUCCCCAAAGAGCUGCUAGGAUAGACAAGUGGUUCCACCUUGCUCAACGUGGUCCUGGGAACAGUCACAAGCCUAGGUUGAGCCUCUGUGCCUCAUGUAGACACUAAGCAAUCCUAGCUCCUAGACAGGUAGCUACCAAUUCCGACUUCUUUCACACCUUUCUUGGAAGCCCCAUUCCAGGCUGGAGACUACUUGGAAAAGACUGCCCAGAGCC